AGCCGCCGCCGCAGCCGCCGCCUGGGCCGCCCCGUGUCCCCGGUGGAGCCGCCGCCGCCGCCGCCGGGAGCUCGAUGCGGACGGAGCCCGGGCCGGGCCAUGGGGAUCCUCAGCAUCACGGACCAGCCGCCCCUGGUCCAGGCCAUCUUUAGCCGAGAUGUGGAGGAAGUGCGUUCCCUCCUCUCACAGAAGGAGAACAUCAAUGUACUGGACCAAGAGAGGCGGACCCCAUUGCAUGCUGCUGCCUACGUAGGUGAUGUCCCCAUCCUCCAGUUGCUACUGAUGUCAGGUGCUAAUGUCAAUGCUAAGGACACACUGUGGCUGACCCCUCUUCAUCGCGCUGCUGCUUCCCGAAAUGAGAAGGUGCUGGGACUGCUGCUGGCACAUUCAGCAGAUGUGAAUGCCCGGGACAAGCUGUGGCAGACCCCACUGCACGUGGCUGCCGCCAACCGGGCCACCAAGUGUGCUGAGGCUCUGGCACCCCUGUUGAGUAGCCUCAACGUGGCUGACAGGAGUGGGCGCAGUGCCCUGCACCACGCAGUGCAUAGUGGGCAUCUAGAGACGGUGAACCUGCUCCUGAACAAGGGAGCCAGCCUGAAUGUCUGUGACAAAAAGGAGCGGCAGCCUCUGCACUGGGCAGCUUUUCUAGGGCAUUUGGAGGUCCUAAAACUGCUGGUGGCACGGGGCGCGGACCUCGGCUGCAAGGACCGCAAAGGCUACGGGCUACUCCAUACAGCGGCUGCCAGUGGUCAGAUUGAAGUGGUGAAGUACCUGCUCCGGAUGGGGGCUGAGAUCGACGAGCCCAACGCUUUUGGAAACACAGCUUUGCACAUCGCCUGCUACCUGGGCCAGGAUGCUGUGGCUAUUGAGCUGGUGAAUGCAGGAGCCAAUGUCAACCAGCCGAAUGACAAGGGCUUCACGCCACUGCAUGUGGCUGCAGUCUCCACCAACGGCGCUCUCUGCUUGGAGCUGUUGGUCAAUAAUGGGGCCGAUGUCAACUACCAGAGCAAGGAAGGGAAAAGUCCUCUGCACAUGGCUGCCAUCCAUGGUCGUUUCACCCGCUCCCAGAUCCUCAUCCAGAAUGGCAGCGAGAUCGAUUGUGCUGACAAAUUUGGGAACACGCCACUGCACGUGGCUGCUCGCUACGGACACGAGCUGCUCAUCAGCACCCUCAUGACCAAUGGCGCGGAUACCGCCCGGCGCGGCAUUCACGACAUGUUCCCUCUGCACUUAGCUGUUCUCUUUGGAUUCUCUGACUGUUGUCGUAAGCUUCUUUCCUCAGGUCAGCUGUACAGCAUUGUGUCCUCACUCAGCAAUGAGCACGUGCUUUCCGCUGGGUUUGACAUCAACACGCCUGACAACCUUGGCCGCACCUGUCUUCAUGCUGCUGCUUCUGGAGGGAACGUUGAAUGUCUUAAUUUGCUGUUGAGCAGUGGAGCUGACUUGAGGAGGAGAGACAAGUUUGGAAGGACUGCGCUGCACUAUGCAGCCGCCAACGGCAGCUACCAGUGUGCGGUCACGCUGGUGACGGCGGGCGCGGGCGUCAACGAGGCCGACUGCAAAGGCUGCUCUCCCCUGCACUACGCCGCUGCCUCUGACACCUACAGGAGAGCGGAACCCCACUCACCUUCCAGCCACGACGCUGAAGAGGACGAGCCACUGAAGGAGUCCCGCAGGAAGGAGGCCUUCUUCUGUCUGGAGUUCUUACUGGAUAACGGUGCAGACCCCUCCCUGCGGGACAGGCAGGGCUACACAGCUGUGCACUAUGCAGCCGCCUACGGCAACAGACAGAACCUCGAACUGCUCUUAGAAAUGUCCUUUAACUGCCUGGAGGAUGUGGAGAGCACCAUUCCAGUCAGCCCUUUGCACUUAGCUGCCUACAACGGUCACUGUGAAGCCCUGAAGACACUGGCCGAGACGCUGGUGAAUCUGGAUGUAAGGGACCACAAGGGCCGGACCGCGCUCUUCCUGGCCACUGAGCGAGGCUCUACUGAGUGUGUGGAGGUACUUACGGCCCAUGGCGCCUCUGCACUCAUCAAGGAGCGCAAACGCAAGUGGACCCCCCUGCACGCUGCUGCUGCCUCUGGCCACACUGAUUCCCUGCACUUGCUGAUCGACAGUGGGGAACGAGCUGACAUCACAGAUGUCAUGGAUGCCUAUGGACAAACCCCACUGAUGCUGGCCAUCAUGAAUGGCCACGUGGAUUGUGUCCAUCUGCUGCUAGAGAAAGGAUCCACAGCUGAUGCUGCUGACCUCCGGGGCCGCACUGCCCUCCACCGUGGGGCAGUGACUGGCUGCGAGGACUGCCUGGCCGCCCUGCUGGACCACGACGCAUUUGUGCUGUGCCGAGACUUCAAGGGCCGCACCCCCAUUCACCUGGCCUCCGCCUGCGGCCACACUGCUGUGCUGCGGACACUGCUGCAGGCUGCCCUCUCCACAGACCCCCUGGAUGCUGGCGUGGAUUACAGUGGAUACUCGCCCAUGCACUGGGCCUCCUACACUGGACAUGAAGAUUGUCUGGAGUUGUUACUUGAACACAGCCCGUUUUCAUACCUGGAGGGAAACCCCUUCACUCCUUUGCACUGUGCAGUAAUUAAUAACCAGGACAGCACCACAGAGAUGCUGCUGGGAGCUCUGGGUGCCAAGAUUGUGAACAGCCGAGAUGCCAAAGGACGGACCCCUCUUCACGCCGCUGCCUUCGCGGACAACAUAUCUGGGCUCCGGAUGCUGCUGCAGCAUCAAGCCGAGGUGAACGCCACGGACCACACUGGCCGCACCGCGCUCAUGACGGCGGCUGAGAACGGCCAGACCGCUGCUGUGGAAUUUCUGCUGUAUCGAGGGAAGGCAGACCUUACUGUGCUGGAUGAGAACAAGAACACUGCCCUCCACUUGGCUUGUAGCAAGCCUGUCUGCUUCCACUCCAUCUCUGUUCCUCUCCCUCAGGGCCAUGAGAAAUGUGCCCUCAUGAUCCUGGCAGAAACCCAAGACCUUGGCCUUAUCAAUGCUACCAACAGUGCGCUGCAGAUGCCACUCCACAUUGCUGCCCGGAACGGUCUAGCUUCUGUGGUGCAGGCCCUGCUGAGUCGUGGGGCCACAGUGCUGGCUGUGGAUGAAGAAGGGGAACUCUUCAGAGCAGAGACCCAAUACCAAUACGCUAGAGUCUCUGAGGGCAGUCUGACAGAACUAGCCGGAGCCAGCAGGCUCCUCAGGAAGACCUCCCACACACCUCAGCCUCCCAUCCUGUGUCCCCUGUGCUCCGCCCUUUACCCCACACUCUGACAGUCUGCCUGUCACACACACACACACACCCUCCCCCCGCCGCCCGCCCCGCUGGGCCCUCAUCAUCCUUGAAUUCUGACGGUGCUGGGUGCUUGCCUGCCUCGGCUCCCCUCCUCAGAUGAGAGCUCAGGGCCUGGGGGAAGGUGGGUAGGGACCUGGGGA